AUGGCACGUUCUUUCUACACCCCGGAAGACGAGGUCGGUUUCGACCCCCAACCUCAACAAGAUGUACUUUCGUUAUCACAUUCGACGCAGGCUAGCAGCCAGCAGACGGUUGUAGACAGAAUUAUUGGACCCAAUAUUCCAAUUCCGGAGGGAGAGAAGAGUCGAAAUGCCACCAGACGACGGAUUCCCGUUGCAUGCAAUCGAUGUCGAAAACGGAAAAUCAAGUGUAGCGGUGAUGUUGGUGACGGCCAAGGCUGUUCAAAUUGUCGGACCUCAGGAAAUACGCACUGCCAGUUCUUAAGGGUCAAUUCAUCAAUGCUGCAGACCAAGGCUACUGGGUGGCCGUACUCCUUUAUGAACGGUUCACUGUCUUCAGCUCAUCAGAGACAGGGCACAUACAUAUCCUCAAUGGCUACAAGGCAAGAGUUGUUGUCGGCGAAUCCCUCUGAUUUCCGCGUUACUUCGCUCCCACGCCCGUCAGCCUUUGACAUCAGCUCGACCGAGCCUCAACAGUCCUAUAGUCGCUCAAGCUUUACUCAGGAUCAUAUAGCCAGUUAUGAUGAAGAACCAUCGACUAUUUACGGUUCACAGCCUGCAACUUACGGGGUGUCCACGACACUACCUCAAGGAGCCCUUGGAGGCUACUACGAGGUCCCAUGGUCAAAGGCAUGUCAUUCUGGCCUUAACGUUACCAGGGGAGGGAUUUUGCCCGACCAUGAAGCGGAGGGUACGUUUCACCAUCCCGAUUACACUUAUAUGAUAUCGGCGCCGGGAACCCACUCUACAGAUACGACUUUUGUGCCCUCAAUGGUUGCUCUAUCAUCUGAGGAGCAAGGGGCAGACCGGACACUUCCCACCCCCAGUGGGCGGAACCAGCUUCAACUGGGUCUUUCGGUGCUUCCGACAUCGUCCAGUGCCAUUUCAGGGCUUCCUCAGCAAGACUGCAGGGCUGGACACCCCUGGGCACCAAAAGCUAUUGUCACUGCCAACAACGCCCGGCCGAUGAAGCAAUUUACCCCCGAACCUUUCAACAUCAGUCCUCUAAACAGGGCAAAGCCACCCCCAUCGAACGCGCAGGAGAUGGUGCUUGGAUAUUUACCAAUGACAUCGGCUAGUGCUUCGUCAUCGUUGAUGCCCUCCUGUGGCACGUUCGCUCGAUUGAACCCAGCGAAUUCCGGUGAAGAGCUGCAGAGAAAUGAGGAAGCCCCAAUGCGACGGCCGAUCUUGACUGACAGUGCCCGCGUUUCUCUUAUGGAUGAUAGCUCCAACAUCUACGGUUACUGCAGUUCUGAGAGGAGAAAAGGACCCAAACCAGGCACUUCCGGGAUGCUGAUGAACGGACUUCCUUACACGCGACCUCCCGAGCAACUUCAAAACACACCCUCUUUAGCAUUCAGCUUGCCGGUAGCAGACGGCCUUUCGGGUCCCGGGACAACCACAGAAGCACAUCGGGCGCAAGCUUUGAGUAACCCGGGGGGCUUCUAUUCCGAGGCGUGCUGAGCGGCUGUGCAUGUUACUGCAGCUCAAGCGCUCUGACCUGCUGAGCAGCACAUUUUUACACGGCGUUUCGGUAGAGUUUCAUUUCGUUUGUUUCUACUAUUUGUAAUUGCGUUGUCUGACAGCCAAGAACUGGUGCAAAUCUUCAUCUGUUUGUACUCUUACCGUCCCCCUCCCCCCCGAUUCCCUUCUUGGCCCUCCGAUAGUUCUGGGUUAUUCCAAAUACCUCUCCUGCUUUGUACACCCUUCAAUAUCUUCUGUUUUUAUUUUCCCGGAUCUCGGUCCUGGAAAACCAAAAGUUACACUAAUAUCGAGGUAGGCAAGGACUGUCGGGCUUGUAACUUAGCUUCUUUCUUCCGUUCUAUCCUUUAUGGGAACCAUAAUAUGAGGUCUAGGCUAG